UCUACUCGGGCAAUCACACCCACCCACACAGGCCCUUUCAGCGCGCCGAACAGACCCAACACGCCCUCGAGAACCAACCCCACAGGCGCGACGUUCGGCACGCACUUGACCAAGUCUCCCCGCGGUCUCUCUCCACGAGCAUCUCCGCAGCCCCUCACAGGUGCAGCCGCUCUCGUUGACGAGCGAAGACAUCGCGAGCACGAACAUGCGCGACAGAUAAGUCCCAAUCCCACUGUUUCCGUAAUACAGACCCUGCUGGGUACAUCACCGGCAACGAGCAAGCCAAAGGACGGCCCGCCCGAACCUGCCCAGAUGAGCGCUCCCCUCGAGAAGGUCGCCAAAUCCAUCGUCAUUCCCGAGCAAGUAACCGGCGAGAACAUGCAGACGAGCCCUGUCAGCCUGUCGAGCUUCGGUUCCAACGAGCUCACCUCAGCGCAGACUGCAACUGCGACAGAGGCUACGGCCGCUCCCAUGACCACCGUCCAAGGCCAAGGGCAAGAUGGAGCACCUCCCACGCACACUCAUCAUCACCAACCCAUCGCUCCCAAUCCUGGCAAUGAAGCACCCAGCAACCGCGCGUUCACCUUUCCCGGGCCACUGGGACCAGAACAUGCCCCACAGCGCCAGAUGAGUCUCCCAGGCUACCCGAACAAUACACCCAAGUCCCCCUCAGCCAAGCGCCACAAGUGCCCAUAUUGUGCGACAGAUUUCACCCGGCACCACAAUCUUAAAAGCCAUCUUCUGACCCACAGUCAAGAGAAGCCUUACGAGUGCACGACCUGCCAAGCACGCUUUCGUCGUUUGCAUGAUUUGAAACGCCAUACGAAACUCCACACUGGAGAACGACCGCAUACUUGCCCCAAGUGUGGCCGUAGGUUCGCCCGCGGCGACGCGCUGGCCCGACACAAUAAAGGCCAGGGUGGCUGUGCAGGCCGCCGUUCGAGUUUCGGAAUCGACGAAGACAUGGCCGACACCAAAGGUGACGAGAAUAUGGACGGUGUCGUCUAUCACGACGGCGAGGCGGAGGACGAUGAGGAUGGCGAUGGACGACGGCGUGUGAGUGAACCAGCGCGUAAGAGGCAGAAUACCGGAAACUCUACGCAAGCACCCUCCAGCCUCUCGUCCUCAGUCCACUUCAGUGCUGGCCAGCCGAAUGUGUUUGCUCAUGGCGGCAUGACCGAGUCGCCCAAACCCAUCUCUCCAAAUCAGGCAGAGCAGGGCCGGCUCGGUGCGCCCGAGGGCAGCAUAGGGCCUCCCCGUUCGCCGAGCAUGCCCCAACCGAUGCACCAGAGCUAUCCUCGCAGCACUGCUAGAGGUUCUUCGCCUAUGGCCUUGGCACCUCCCCCAGGUGCAGGGCCACAUCUACCAUCGCUACCAGGAUUGAGCCCCAUGAUCUCGAAACCGGGCUCUCAGGGCGGUAAGGGCAGCGGUCCGUCCAUGCUACACCAGCAGAUCUCGUCCCAACCCAGCAGCAUGUCUAGCCACGGUCAAGGCAGCGUUGGCAGCAUUCGCGAGGUUGUGGGCAAUCAGAAUAUGGACGUCUGGGCUUAUGUUCGUGAGCUGGAAGGUCGCAUGGCCCGCAUGCACGAGGAGCACGAAAACAAAAUCACCGCUCAACAGGAAGAAAUCAGUUCACUCCAGGCCCAACUUGCCCAGCAACAC